AUGACUUUGCCUGGUUCUUGGAAUUCUAAUAACAUAUUCAAGACUCUUUUCUCUUUCCACACAUUUUAUGACUCAGUGCUGAUAAAUUUUGUGGUGAAUAGAAACACAAUCUCCUAUCAUUUCUGUGCUGCACAGCUGGCUUUCUUUCUUGUUUUUAUUGGUAGUGAGCUUUUUAUUCUCUCUGCCAUGUCCUAUGACCGCUAUGCGGCCAUCUGUAAGCCUCUCUUCUACACCGUCGUCAUGUCCCCGAGAGUGUGUUGGGUUCUAGUGGCGGUUCCCUAUCUCUACUGCACAUUUGUGUCCCUCCUCAUCUCCAUAAAGGUUUUUACUUUGCCCUUCUGUGGAUCCAAUGUCAUCAGUCAUUUCUACUGUGACUGUAUCCCCUUGAUAUCUUUGCUCUGCUCAGAUACUCACGAAGUUGAAUUUAUAAUCAUGGUAUUUGCAGCUUUUGAUCUGAUUUCCUCUCUUCUGGUGGUCCUCGUGUCCUACCUGCUCAUCCUCGUAACCAUUCUGAGGAUGAACUCUGCGGAGGGCAGGCGCAAGGCCUUCUCCACCUGUGGGUCCCACCUGACAGUGGUCACAGUGUUCUACGGAACUUUGAUAUUCAUGUACGUGCAGCCCAAGGACAGUCACUCCAAAGACACUGAUAAAAUGUCUUCUAUAUUUUAUACUUUGAUUAUUCCAAUGAUGAAUCCCUUGAUCUACAGCUUGAGGGACAAAAAUGUAAAAUAUGUCAUACAAAGGAUGUGGAAAAAGCCAUCUGGCAUCUUUCCUUAA